ACGCGGCGGCAGUGUUCCCGCGAGCUGUAGCGCCCGCGGACGUACGGUCAUGCGAGAAGCAGCUGGCAGGAUGGCCGAACUCGAGUUCGAAGCACCGCUCGCGCAAAUCGAAGAGGCUGACGACUGCCUCACCACGGCGGACUACCCGCAAAAAACUAUCAACGGCAACGACAUACGCCUCAACAACAUUAUCAAUCUCAAAAGUGAAAUGGUCAAAAUGAAAACCGACUCCAACAAAAUAAACGAUAAUGAAGAACCAAAACCGGUGAAGUGUAAACAGGAUAACAUGCAAAAUGGCGAGGGAGACAAUUUCACGGAGACUUUCUCCGGAUCGCUGGAGGACUUGGUGAACACUUUCGACGAGAAGAUCACAAAGUGUUUCGGGAACUAUGAGGAGAGCGUUGAAAAGCUGGCGCCAGUGCAGGUUCGCUCGCAGGAAGAGAUAAUGAACGAAUGCCAAAUGUGGUGGACGAUCACGGGAAACUUCGGGAACAUCCUCCCCAUCGACUGGACGAAAUCGUUUUCGAGGAAGAUGCACAUCCCCACGUUGAACCUGAGCGAUAAGAAGGGCUCAAUGACGCCAGAUGACGAGAUCCACAGUUCCGAGGAUGAGGCCGUGUCUUCAGACCUGGACAUGCACGCGCUGAUCCUGGGAGGAUUGCACCAGGACCACGAGUGCCCAGUCAAGACGGCUGACGAGGUGAUCCAAGAGAUAGACGACAUGAUGCAAGAGACGCCCUCCUCGGAGGGAGACAUCAUAGAGUAUAACGAGGCCCUCGAGAAGGGCAAGGAGGUGCUCAGCUCGCCGCUUUACGAAGACAAGCUUCGCCAACUCUCGCUCGCUCAACUAAACGAGAUAUUCAUGGAGCUAGAAGUCUUGAUCCGCGAGUUCUCUGAGACGCUGAUCGCGGAGCUGGCUCUCCGAGACGAGCUUGAGUACGAGAAAGAGCUCAAGAACACGUUCAUAUCUCUGCUGUUGGCUGUGCAGAACAAACGGCGUCAGCACCAUAUAGAGAAGAAGAAGCGGCCAGGGCCCCCGCGCUCGCCCAACCUCAAUGGUAGCAGUUCGGAACCUAAGUAUUUAACGACUGUGAUUCCUUUCCACCUCGACAACGGACCACCAGACAACCAGUCUCUUCAAGUGCUCAUCAAGAUUCUAAAGGCGAUCAACGAAGACAGCCCCACCGUGCCGACUCUCCUCACUGACUACAUCCUCAAAGUACUCUGUCCUACUUAAACUCCCAGACUCUAGCCAAUUUCUUCAUUGAACAUUUCAAUAUUGCGCACUAACAUCAAAUCUAAUAUCAAAGUCAUUUUAAACAUAGAAAUUAUUGAGACGAAAUUUUAUUUUAGAUUUUUUAUCAUUAAGAAAUCGCUUCAUAGCUGUUCAUGACUAUGGGGAGACAGUUUAGUAGUAAACAAAUUACAAACAAUGAGUUUAAAUCUCGUUGUGUCAUCGAUUCAUUCGUUUCUAUAAAUCGAUUAAGUCGAUUGAGUUGUAAAAUCACGUCAAUCAUUGUUGAACUUAAUCAACCGACACAAAUCAAUGAGAUUCUUGAUUCUAAAGCCCGAGUUACAUAAGUUGUUGAUCAUUGCCUCUUAAUUCGAGACAUUACUUGAGCAAAGGCAAUUACUGUUUCUACAAUAAUGUAAUAAUUUAUUUCUGUCUGAUGUAGAACCCCAUAGUAUAGGUCACGUCACACAUUAGUAUAAAAAUCAAAUACACAUCUUACAAUUAGACAAUUGAUAUUAUUACAUUUGAUAUUGUUUUAAAACGUGUUGUUUAUGUUGAAAUAUUUAUGUGAAAGUUUGUGAUAUCUAAGCGUUGUUCUGUCUGUUUAACCAAUAUUUACUUACAUAAUGGCGUUGAUCAAGAUUUUUAAUCUUCAGUGAUUUUUAUAACAGGUAACACCAGAUUGUAAUUGAAAUAGAGAAGUCACGUGACUUAUCGUUAACAUUUAACGCCAUAGCGAUUAUUUGGAAGAGAUGCGUUGUCCCUUCUAUAGCACGGAAUAUUUACAAUAACUAGGAGAAUAGUCACGAAAACGCUGUUAGAUACAAUUUUGUUAACCCUGCCAUAACUUCUUGACCGCGCGUUUGUAACGAGCUGUCUUUAUUAAUUACUUUAUUUGCAUAAAUGAACUGUGAUAUCGUAUGGUAGUUAAUUAAUGCUUCCUUUUAGAUUUAAAUACGUUAUUUUUACUGAUAUUACAUUUAUUUAAGUUUAUCUGGGAUUCAUGGUGAGAAGAUUAUCUUGGUUGGUGUUGAAUUUUUAACUAAUUCAUAAUAAUGAUUCGGUUAAAUCAAUUUAACCAUAAAAGGCAACCUUUCUAACUUUCUGAAACCCUGAAUACCAGAAUAUUUAUCAUUAUUUUUGUCAAUUGUCUCUGUUAGAAUGUGAGUUCGAUAAAUAAUGUAAAUAUUAAUAAAAUUAUAAUGAAAAUGGAAUUGUCCUUUCGAAUUAAAUUUAAAUUUUAUUUAAGGCAACACCAGCUGCUGCAGAGGCUUGUAAAUAGUUUUAAUCAGCUUCUAAAUUAUAGUAGUUUUUAUUUAUUUUAAAUAAGAUAUUUUAAUUUUAUACUUCAAAAUGAUCUGUCUUUUUAUUUGUACAUCGAAUAUUUUUGUUUCUUAGUUUUUCAUAGUUCUAGCAUUGUAGUGAAAACAGCCGGUGAACCAGCUAUUAUAAUAUUCCACUUACACAGAAAUACAUAAUUAACAUAGUUGUUAACAAUUUAUAUGUAAGUUACAUCUAGUCUCAACAUCUCUUAGUCAUAAUUUGUUAAUUUAAUAAUGUCAGUGAAGUUAUUAUAAGAGAAAUAUAACCGAUUAUAAUGCAUGGUACGUGUAAAAUUUUAUCUGUUGUGAUUUCAAAAUUGUUUCAAUUGAUAUUCGGUUCGCUAAAUUACUGUGAAGCUUUGUCGCACAUUUUGAAUUUUAUAGUGAUGGGACACCUAUUUGUUGUGCAAAAAUAAUAAAAUAUGGACUGAUGGACGAAUGGCGAUGGCUUGAAGAGAAAUAUUGUAAGACGUCACACCUUUUCCGUUAGGCAGCUAUUAUUAUCGUUUAAUUCAAUGAAUUUUAUUUAUUUUCGUAUUUAUUGGUGAUGUUUAUUUUAUUUUCUUAAUGAAAAAAAUGGGUAACUUAUCCUUAUUAUUCUACUGCACGAACUAAGUACAGAAUGCAUAUGAAAAGUGUUUUGUGCUUUUGUUGUUAGGAAAAGGUGUGACGUUAAGCCAAAAACGAUUCAAAUGUAAAAACUAACUGUUGCUAGAUUUAAACCCGUAUUCUAAAACGACGCUCAAACUUAAUUCAAACUCAAGCGUAGAUUCAAGGACUGUGAUUGGUUAUCGCUGAAUAUUUGGACCAAUCGAUCUUGAGCAUUAAUACUUGAGUAUCGUUUCAUAGUACGGGUCACACCUUGGCGUCCGAUCGGUAUACUGACGGGCCGUGUGAGGACCGGUACCUGGUUGAAAUAAAGGAGCUUGAAAGCGGAA